CGAAAGGUAGAAAGUGCAGGCACGUAAUUCCUUUGUACUAGACAACUUUUUUUUUUUUUUUAGUUAGCUAGCUACGUGUAAAAGAUAACUAGCUAUAUCUACACUACAGCGCAUCUUCGUUUAUAUUAAACUGCUUGAAAUUUGAUCAACUUGCCCGUUCGACUUUUAUCAGACGAGCGGCUGUCUCUUUUCUGUCUGCAAUUAUGGUCCGCUACUUUACAAGAUUGAGAAUGAGACGUAUCUAUAAAUGGGGCGGAAGACCUUAUAUCUUCGACAGAAAAUUAAAGAGUUAUGGCUUUGAGUACUUGAACAUGAGCGUGGAGGGUCAGGAGGCAGUCACCACUGUAACACCUGGCCAGUACAUCCUCAUUGAGGGAAAUGAUGAUGAAUACCCCUUCGUUGCCAAGCUUCUCAAGUUCUUUGGUGAUGAGUCCCACAAGCAGAAGAAGGCGCUGGUGCAGUGGUUCUUGCGCUUGUCUGAGGUGCCCCAAAAUAAGAAGUUGUUGCUGGGCAGGAGCCCCCAUCCCCAGGAGAUCUUCUACUACCUGGGACGUGCCUGUGACAAUGAGAUCAACGCAGAAUCCAUCCUUGGCACUGUAGAUGUCCAGCACGUCCCUGAAGAUACUCCUUUUCCAGAACCUGGAACCAAGGACACCCUCUAUGUAAAGCUGUCCUGGGACACCAAGGCCUUCAAUGUCUUAGACCCUGUCCUGAUGCAGGAUACCCCUGCCUCAACCCCCCCCAAACCUGCUCUCCCUCUGUUUCCCCCCUGUGCUUCCCCCACGGCAACCCCUGUGUCUCGGGGCCCGGUGCGUCGUGCCCUGCCCACCCCAGACCCCACAGUGAUGAGGAGAGCAGGGUCUGUGUCUGACACUAGAGCCACCAUGAGCGCCGGGAAGAGGAGUACCCUUGAGGCAGAGUCGAUCCACUCUGCCUCCAAGCUCUCUGCCUCUAAAAUCCUGAGCGCCAAGAGGAGGGGCAGCGCUGCAGACACACCGGGUGUACGCAAGAAACUACAGCUCAGCAUCGGGGCUAGUCCAGGGAAGAAAAUGACCAGAGCAGAUGUCCUCUGUGAGCUCUUGGAUGAAGAGAUGGAGUCAGAGAAAGUUAUAUCCCUCAAACUGAGCUCCUCGGUUUCACACUCCCUCCAGCAUGGCUGCAGCCUCUCUCCCAUGAGAAGUGGCUGCAAAACCCCCAACGGCCAGAGGAGGUUCCCCUGGAAGCUCUCCUCCAUCAGCCUGGACAGACUGUCUCCUACUGCCCUGGGAGAACAGGACUUAUCCAGUGACCUGUUGCUGGCAGUGAUUCCCCUGGCCCUAGAGGAUGAGGUAUUUGAGGCAGGGUUACCUACAGACGCUGGCUCUGCCAACACUCCCAAGAAGAGACAGGCCACCCCCAGGAGGAACUAUGUUAGGGAACAGAAAGCUACCACCCCCUCCAGGAGGAAAGAGUCUGCCAUGGCCAUUAGAAAGCCUGCUCUGGGGGUGCUGGCGGAGGAGGACUCUGAGGAUUCUCCCAUGCAGCCGAUUGCCUUGACUCCUCGCUCCAAGAGGAAGUCAGCCCAGCUGGUGUCGUUACGCAUCAGGAAGCAGUUGAAUCUGUUGGACAAUACCCAAGAGCUGAUCUCCGAUGGCGAUGAUGACUGUUUCGUUCCCUCCAAGAAGGACCUACAGAGCAGCAGCGAUGAAGAGAAGACCGAUAGUGAGGAAGAGACCAGAGGAAGAAAUUGCAAGACCUCCGUCAGGACCCCAUGCAAAACGCCCAGCAAGAAGAAGGACCUACAGAGCAGCACAGAUGAAGGGAAGACCGAGAGUGAGGAAGAGACCGUGGUGAGAAAGACCAGAGGAAGGAAUUGCAAGACCUCCGUCAGGACCCCACACAAAAAGCCCAGCAAGAAGAAGGACCUACAGAGCAGCAGCGAUAGUGAGGAAGAGACCAUGGUGAGGAAGACCAGAGGAAGAAAUGGCAAGGCCUCUGCCAGGACCCCAUGCAAAACACCCAGCAAGAAGGUCACCCCAAGUACCCCCCGUCAUGCCACUCCCAGUAUUCCCAGCCGGACUGUUCCAGCCAGGCAGCCUGGGAACAUCCUGGAGGAGGCCAGGGCUAGGCUGCAUGUGUCGUCAGUACCAGAAUCUCUUCCCUGUAGGGAGCAGGAGUUCCAGGAUAUCUAUAAUUUUGUGGAGAGCAAGGUUAUGGAUGGGACUGGAGGGUGUAUGUACAUCUCUGGUGUUCCGGGAACUGGGAAAACCGCCACCAUCCACGAGGUUAUCCGGUGUCUACAGCACGCCUCUGAUAUGGAUGAAAUCCCCACGUUCCGAUUCAUCGAGAUCAACGGCAUGAAAAUGACCGACCCUCACCAAGCCUACGUCCAGAUUCUACAGAAACUGACGGACCAGAAGGUGACCGCUGACCACGCCGCAGCCCUAUUGGAGAAGAGGUUCAGUAACCCCGCCCCCAAGAAGGAGACCACCGUGCUACUGGUGGACGAGCUGGACCUUCUGUGGACCAGGAAGCAGAAUGUCAUGUACAACCUGUUUGAUUGGCCGACAAGGCGCCACGCCCGCCUGGUGGUGUUGACCAUCGCCAACACCAUGGACCUUCCUGAGCGGAUCAUGAUCAACAGGGUGGCCAGCAGACUGGGCCUGACCAGGAUGUCGUUCCAGCCGUACAGCUUCAAGCAGCUGCAGCAGAUCAUCACGUCCAGACUGAACAAGGUCAAGGCCUUCGAGGAGGACGCUUUGCAGCUGGUCUCCAGAAAGGUGGCAGCGUUGUCAGGAGACGCCCGGCGCUGUCUGGACAUCUGUCGCCGCGCCACUGAGAUUUGCGAACACUCCACCUCGCACCCAUCCUCCGCGGGAUUGGUGAGAAUGAAUCAUGUGAUGGAGGCGCUGGAUGAGAUGUUCUCCUCCUCUUACAUCACGGCCAUUAGGUGUGCAUCGUUGCAGGAACAGCUCUUCCUGAGGGCGGUCAUUGCUGAGUUCAGGCGACUGGGACUGGAGGAGGCCACCUUCCAACAGGUGUUUGUGCAGCACCGGGCUCUGAGUCGUGUGGAGGGCCUGCAGCCCAUCAGUGUGUCCGAGGGUCUGGCCGUGUGUCAGCGUCUGGGUGCGUGUCGUCUGCUGCUGCUGGAGGCCAGCCGUCUAGACAUGCUACAGCGGGUCAGACUCAACGUCAGCCAGGAUGACGUGCUCUACGCACUCAAAGCUGUCAGGGACUGAGGACCACCGGAGGUCCUAAGGUACAGGGGGGAGGAUGAGGGUCUUUUUGGGGCCUAGAAGGGAACCUGCUCCAUCACUACCAGGCAACUUGGUCAGUUUGAUGACUACAACUCAUCAGGACCACCGUUGGACCACACAGUCCCACACCUCAACCACAGUCAAUACUACUGUACCACUCAGGACCGGGAAUCCCACUGACACCUUGUCUGUCCAUGGUGGGUCUUUUUAGAGGCUCAGUUUGGUUUGAUGCUGUCUUCUGAGAGGUUUUAGGAAAUCUUCUGUUGUUUUAGUGUUCUUUUACAAAUGCUUUUCAAUGUCAUUGUUGUCAGCACAUAAGUUUUGGAAGCUCUUGAUGGGGAAACUGCAGUGCUGUCAUAAUUCAAGAACACAAAUCAUGAUUUCUAUUAUAUUGGAUUUACAUUUGUUUACUGAAAAUUGCCCUUGUUACAAAAGUAUAUUUAGAUCUGGUUUUAACUCAUUGUGUUGAUGGGAGAGCCAACUUCCCAUCACAGUUAGCAAUUUGACUCCUCUUUAUCUGUAUUCAAGAAUUUUAAUGUUGCUCUUGUUGGUUUUAGGAUGUUCUUCAUUAUUGUUGUGUGAAUAUUGUAUCUACAAAAGUAAUAAAGAUAUUUAAUAACAA